AUGAUGAUGACGUGCCGUUUGCUGUGCGCCCUGUUGGUGCUCGCCCUGUGCUGCUGCCCGUCCGUGUGCGCUUCAGAUUCUCCGAAAGUUCAAGCUCCUUCCCAAAACACCACGACGACCACAACAGAAUCACCGCGGGAUAAUAACAAGAAUACGAUUGAAAAUGAUGUACUUGUCACCAGUCAUUCAUCCACUUCUUCAGAGUUAGGAAUACAGCCGUCCGCUCCGUCAGGUCCGCCAGGUCCCGGUCCCGUUUCAGAACAGAGAACAGAUGCCGGAAAGGGACAGAGUUCGACCGUUCCGCGUCCGCAAUCAAAUGAUGCGGGCAACACUUUACCGAAAGACGAUAAGAAAGUCGAUACAGGGACACAAAUUCACAUGGAUAUAUCCACGGACCAAACAGAUCAGGAAGCUGAAGCUUCUGCCAAGAGGACCACCACGACGACGACGACAACAAAGGCACCAACCACGACCACCACCAAGGCGCCAGAGGCACCAAGUACUACGACCACAGAGGCGCCAACCACGACGACCACCCGCGCACCGUCACGUCUUCGCGAAAGCGACGGCAGCCUCAGCAGCACUGCGUGGGUGUGUGCCCCCCUGUUGCUCGCCGCAUCCGCGCUGGCGUACACCACUGUGGGCUGA